UGCGACUCUGGAAAAUGCAUCCGCAGCCAUGUCAACCUCACAAAGACGCGCAACAUGCUUGCCAUGGUCAUGAAAGCGGGUGUCCCCCGUAACAAAAUAUUCGUUGGUGAGGCCAGCUACAGCAGGAGCUUCCACAUGGCCAAGGACGGCUGGUGGGAGGCAGUGUGCGACUUCACGGGCACGCUCACGCAAUCAGACCCGUCACCGGGCAAGUGCGCAAAGACGGCCGGCUAUUUUGGAUAUGCCGAGGUC